AUGCAGACAAAGAAUCUCGCUGCACUGGCACUUGUUGCCCUGGGCCAGUUCAUAGUAGGAGUAUCUGCCAACUCUGGUUACGCAGGGAGCUGCACAAAUAUACAGAUCUAUCCUCCCGACGGCAAUACCAACUACUGGAAGAUUGCCGCGGACUGCAAGAACAACGCGGGGCAGACUAACCUGAAUACCAAGAUCAACAUCAACUCGUGUUUCAGCAACUCAAACGGAGCCCUUGUUGCUCAGCUGAAUGGCGCUUUUGCAUCGUCAUGUACGAAUGUGAUACUCACAGGCACGGUUCUCAGCGCCAGUUGUCGCAACCAAGGAGGCGCCAGUGUCAAUACAUCGAUAGAUACAAAUAAUGUUAUUGGCAAUGCAAAUGGUGCUCUGUAUUGCUUUAAUCAGGGAAAUUUAUAG